CUAAUGCCCAAGGGCGGUUCGGUUGUGAUUUUGGGGCUGGAGUGAUCGCCACCGUAUCGGAGUUUCGAGUUUCCAUUUGCAGCAGUUCAUCGUUUUUGCUCUUUAAGGCAUUAACAGCUUCUAACGGGUCGAGAUUGAUAAGCGCAAAUCUUUAUAUCUCUCUGUAUAUAUACUUGUGGAAUCGAAUCGAUAAUGGUGGGACGGAAACUGUUCAAAACGAGGAUAUGCUUACUGUAUAGGAAGGGUCAUUGCCAUCGUCAGACCUGCUCUUUUGCCCAUGGCGAUGCUGAGCUCCGUCGCUAUAAUUCUUCUUCUUCGUCCUCCUUUCAUGGGAGGCGGGAAUAUCGUGGUGCUGAUUUAAGAGAUAAGCUAGGCAGACAGCGUUCCCCUCCUUGGAGAAACUCUCUUGAUAGAGAUGCAAGAGAUCAACUCCCAUCUCAUGGACAUAAUUCUCCAAGAUUGGGGAGAAAGAGACUGUUCUAUACACACAGUGAUUGGGAUCACAGAAAGAGGCAGGACUUUGACGGUGAAAAUGAUUUCUCUGGAAACUUGAGGUUAUCAGAUGGGGCUGAACGACAAACCAGAGAAAGAAAACCCUCAUUCACAGAAUUUAAGGAGGUUCAUGAUGAGCAGUUGAUGCAAGUGCAAUCUGAAAUUGAUAUGCUUGAAGAUCACAAGCAACAACUGCAGAUCUAUUUGGAAGAAAGGUUCCAAGAAGCAGAUAGUCUAAAUUCUAAAAUUGAAGAGCUUGAGAUGCAAUUGACCGUGGAGAAAGAGGAAUACAAAAGAAUUUCUUCCAAAAUCAGGAAGUUCAUCAAGGCAAAUAAUCGUCACAUAAGGAUACAAGAUGAACUGAAGAGGUCGCAAGCUCGUCUUCAAAAGCUUGGGGAUCAGCUUGGUUCUGAUGCCAGAGCUGCUGCGAAUGAAGAGGAUAUCAGCAUUAAUAUAUUAAGUGACGAAGAUACUCUGGGCAAUAUGAUCCCCAAAAACGAUAAGGUUUCACCAAGGAAGGAUGAGAUGUUGGGCAAUCAUUUAAUGGGCCCACAGAAGGAUCAAUAUAAGUCUUCUCCAAGCAAGAAAAGGAUGAGGUUUCAUAUGGUAGAAGCUGAUGAAAAAUCAAAACAAGCAAGUUCAACAAGAGAACGGCUAGGUAUGGGAAAUAUGAAAUCUGAGAGGCAUCCUAGAUGGGAUGCAUAUCUUGAUCAAACAAAAAACACUGAUGAAGCAAGGUCAGAGGCUAAUGGAAUCAGCAAUGCUAGACCUUCGGUUAACGAUGGCAAGCCUUUGCGAAGAAAGAGCAAUUUCACCAGCGCCCCCUCAGGAGAUAAGAUUAAGGAUCAUGAGUCGACUAGAACGGCGGUAAAUAUUGUGGAUGAUGUUGUUGAAGUGGUUGAAUUGAAUGAAAAGCUUGAGGCGGAAGAAGUCGCCUCUGAUAGAGUUGAGGGAGGUUCUACACUUGACAAUGCAGCCUUGCCAUUUCUGUUGCCACCUCCACCACCUCCUGCAGUCGUACAGAAUGCUUACUUACAGUACAAGGGGAAAGAUGAGAAUGUGGAUGUGGUUGAUGAUGAUGGUGAUGAUCUUGAUGAUGAAAUGGUGGAUGUGGAUAUUGGUUGACUGCCUCUUCCCCCUUGUUUCAUUGCAGCUUCUCUAAGAACUUGCGACUCUCGUUAUGUUCAUGUUGAAGUUUCGUAAAAGAAUUCGAAAGUUUUUUGAACUUUUAGGCCUUGGAUCACAGGGUCUCGUGAUGACACAAGGUCCAUGCACGACAAGGCACUCACGUUUUUGUACAUCGAUGUUUUUGUUCGUCAAAUCUAAAAUUGACAAAUGCAUUUAGUAUGCAAUCAUUAAAAUGGUGUUCUAGAACUUGAGUUUUGAGCGAUCGGUGUAUUUUGUGCCGUGGAACAUGGACCUUGGGUGUAUUUUAUCAGGCCGUGUGUUUCCUUGGAAACCUCUUCGUCUCUUGAGAUAGAGGAAAUAUAUGCAUACGUCUUACGGGCACCCAUAUCCUCAAUCGCACCCCACAUUUGGUUGGGAUAUAUUGGGUUGGUUUGAUUGUUUUAUAUUCUCCUUCGAUGAAAAAGGC